CGCUCGUUAGUUGCAUCAAAUAUACACAAUGUACGGAACUUUCAUCGACUAAUAAUUUAUUAUUAUACAUAUUAAUGAAACAAAUAUAUCGAUUAUAUAAUAAAAAAUAAUACAUUCUUUAUUAUACCGGGAUUUUUCUUUUACGGAAGGAAUGGGUGACGAAGAAGUAAUACGCCGGAGAUUACUGAUAGAUGGAGAUGGAAUUGGAGAUGAUCGUCGAAUAAACAUGCUUUUAAAAUCAUUUAUAAAAUGGGCAAAUAGUCCAGAAGUAGAUAAUACUUUACAUGAAAGAAUGUUAUCCCAGCUAGCUCAAUGUGAAUUUGCACAACGAAAAUCCAGACUAGUCUCAAAUAUGAGUCAGGAAGAAUUAAAAAGCUAUGAACAGUUAUCAAAAGAAAUUGAAAUACAAAUAGAGGAGGCUAAGAGGGACAUAGAAAAAACAAAAGCAGAAUUACAAGAUGCAAAACGUGUUAGGAAAAAUAGAAUAGAAUAUGACGUAUUAGCAAAAGUUAUAAAUGAACAGCCAGAUAGAGUAGAAACCAAUUUAAAACUUGCUACAUUAUGUGAAGAGUUGAGCAAGUUAAAGGAAAAGUCUAAACAAUUAGAACACAAAUUGGAAAUGAGACGUAAACAAUUUCAUGUCCUAAUAUCUUCCAUACAUUCUUUACAAGGAAUGUUAGAUGAAUGCGAUGAGGAAAUAAUGGAUGUAAGUUUAGAAAAUUAUGAAGAUACAGAUACUUCUACAGCUAUAAAGACUGAAACAUCUUGAAAUGAAGUUAUUUUGUAAAUAUUUACAAUUUUAUAAAUGCUUUAAUAUAAUAGCA